GCAAAAUCCGAAAUAAACCAUGUCUUUGGUGCCAGCUUCAUUCUAUCAAAAUGUAGAUAUUAUUCGAGAUGUGAAGUUUAAUAUGAAGCCAACGUGUUCGAUUUGUAUGGAAGAAUUCGAUGCAAUUGUUCCAAAAGAUCUUCGUUGUAUGACUUGCUCUUCGUGUAAAAUGAGUGGAUCGGAGACUUCUUUCCACAUUUGCCGUGAAUGUACGAUUCAACAUCACGAAUACGAUAUUCAUACCUUUAUCGAUCAGGAGCCUUCAAUCCAUCCGGACGCAUUCACAAUCUGCUCGACCUGUGUUCUGAAAGAUCACAACACUACUCACCACACUGUCAUUGAAUAUCUUCCGAUCAGACUCAACUACCAGCUCAGAAUGAACACAAAAAGUGCGGAUGUCCUGAAGACUCGCGUUCACAAGGACUUCUCCGACGCAAUGACCAUUCUGUCAUCGUUGCCGAUUCUUGUCAAGAAGAAGGAAUGCGAGGUUGCCAAGAUAGCGGAAUUCAUGACAAGAGCCAAAAAUACGGAGAGUCUCACUCAAAUUUUCAAGACUUUCGAGAGGGAGAUGAAGAAUAUCAUAAAAAUUCUGGAAGCUUUGAAAAGAGAUGGUGGAAAGCUGAAAGAUACCGUGGAACAGACUGUCAAGCGACUUGAAGAUGACAAUGAGAAGAUCGACAUAGCACACUGUCUUCAAGAAUUUGUCGAUUUGAAGGAGCAUCUCAAGAUUCCAGAAAUGGUUCAGAUUCCACAAGACACUGAUCUUCCGAUUAUUGACGAGACACUUCAAAAGGAGGAAUCCAAAAAAUACACCAUUGGAAGUGUCAUCGUCUCGAUUUUCAGUGCAAUCUUCAAUUGGCUGUGCAUGUUCUUCAAAUUUAUUUCGCAAAUGAUUUUCGGGACCGGAAGCACUUAUUAUAAGAAUGUCUCUACUGAACACAUCAACCUUCACAUCCUGGCUCCAAUCUUCAUCAAUCUCAUCUGCAUCCUCAUCCUCUACGUCUUCUGAGCAAUGUUGUACAUUUAUAUUUAUCUACCUACUUUGUCAAAAUUUUUUAUUGUUUCCCAUUUCUGACAACGAAUUUGAAUUCAUCGAAUAAACCAGCUCAAUGACU